AGCCCAGCGGCUCUGCAGGUCUGAGCCGGGGGUGCGGCUCAGCUACGGGCCGCCAAUGGCUCCCGCGCUGCCCGCUGCCCCCGCCCCAGACCUGGGCGCCGCCGCCGCGGGCCAGGCCGGAGAAGAAGCCCCUCCCCUCCACGGCGGAGCUGCGGGGACACAUCUUACUUUCAUCAGCACUGUUGAGAAAAGAAGAAAAAAAUGCCAAUGCUGCCUCCUGAAAUCAAAUUUGAACCUUCUAAUGUCACCAGAAAUUCCCUUGACAGUUGUUUUCUUUUUGAGAGAAGUUGGAGGAAAGCAGUUUUAGAAACACAAAAGAUGAGGAAAGAAUACACCACAGCAUUUGGUCUAGAAGAAUUCAAAGAAUGUGUCAAAAUGCCAUAUUUACCAGGAUUGCAAAAUUGCCAAAAAAGUGUAAGUUCCACUCCACUAGAGGUUCAUAAAAGACUCCUGCAUGCUGAUACCGAGAUGCCUCCUGUCAGCCAUUCUACUGAGAACAUUUCGGGUCGCCUACAAGUAUUUUAUUCUCCUCUGCAUGUUGAACAAUGCCCUGUGAAAGAACAGUCUUGGCAAAGCAGGUUAAAGAAGACUAAGCCAGCAUGUACUGUGGCACCACUUCAGGAGAAAUCAAAAGGACUCUUAAGUCAUUCUAAUUCUCCUUCCAUCAAUUUUGGUUCUGGCUUCAGCGAUCCUCUCACUGGAGCACCAUCUCGGUACUUACAGAGACUUUCUAAAAUGGCCAUUUUGGAGUAUGAUACCAUUCGUCAAGAAACAACCAGAAAAUUUUAAAAGAGCAAGAAACAAGAGCUUUGAGACUGCUGAUUAUCCUCUGGUGUGAUGCUUUCUUCACUGACUUUUAAGGUAGCUCCAGGGAGUAAUAAGAGAACUGAGAAGAGUACGGUGUCUCCAGGAUUUCUUUGGGUCUGCCUUUCCUUCUGUGCAAAGUCUGUGUACAUCUUAUAUUCCAGAUUCUUCCCAAGAUAACUCUAAGCCUGGUGCAGAGGGAGAAAACCCUGAGCUUUCAAUCACAUCACUUGCAGACAACACUCCACCUCCAGCCCCUGAGUACCACGCUGGCUUUUUGAAGAACUGGAGAGAACACGCUUCACUGGCAGAGGCUGUCUCUCAGAAGUCUCUUUCCUGUGGGUACCACUUCUGCAGCCCUCUUGAACUCAGGACCGGGAGACCAGGGAAUGUCCUCCUUACUCCCCACUGUGGCUUCCUAUACCCUGGUGUGACACCGUAUGCUGCACCGGGUCUUAUUUGUGGCACACGGGAUCUUCGUUGUGGCAUGCUGGACCUUUAGGUGUGGCACGUGAAAUUUUUAGUUACUGCAUGUGGGCUCUUAGUUGCGGCAUACAGGAUCUAGUUCCCUGACCGAGGAUUGAACCCAGGCCCCCUGCAUUGGGAGCGCGGAGUCUUAACCACUGGACCACCAGGGAAGCCCCGAAAGGAGAGAUUCCUGAUUACAUAUAUGUAGAUGGCUCCAUCGGGGUCCAGGGAAGACCCUGGCAGAGGCUGACUGCUGCUGUUCUUCAUAUUCACUGCUUGGUGCAGCCAAAAUAUUGUGGAGGUAUCAAGAGGUGGGUCCAGGCACACGGCAUGCAUAUGAUGCCCCAGGUAGGGGAUGGCUUUGAAGUCUGGAAAACCAAGAGUUUCCGUCAAUGACCGGUUCAAAUUUACCUUUCACAGGAGUUCUUGGCACCAAGAACAAUACCCUAGAUGUUGGGGUCCAACGUCACAGGUGAAUAUAAAUAUAUCCAGAGGUUCCAUAGAAGUUUACACAGGGCUAGUUAGGCUGAAAGUAAGCCAGCCAAGUGGGGAAAUAGCUCAAAAACCCUGUCUGUGGAGCUUUACUAAGAUUUAUUUGGAAAGUUAUGGUCUCUCCCAAAAUGAAUCCACAGAUUGCUUUGCUCUGAUUACAAGAAGAACGUUGAGGUCUUUAUUAACAGUCAUCAUUGGAUUCCUUCCCUCCUUAAGGAGAUUAAUUAGGUAAAUUUCAUUA